GUAUUUCAACAAAGGCAGCGCUCCCCUCGAAUGUGACAAGGAGUUCUGGGAGCUGCGGGACAGCGUGGUGCAGUGUGAGCUCCUCAUCCUGCGUCAGCUGGGCUUCCACGUCUCCAUUGAGCACCCCCACAAGUAUCUCCUCCACUUCCUGCUGUCUGUGAAGUCGCUGGUGAACCGCCACGCCUGGUCUCGAACCCCUGUGGCAGAGACUUCUUGGGCGUUGCUGAGAGACUGUUACCAUGGAAACAUGAGCAUUCGCCACACUCCACAACACAUUGCCAUAGCGACCUUGUACCUGGCCCUGAACAGCUACGGAGUGGAGCUGCCCGUCGGCGAGAAGGAGUGGUGGCAGGUGCUGUGUGAAAACGUGACCGAGGCAGACAUCCACGCUGUGAUCUCAGACCUUCUGAAGCUCUACGACAUGGAGGCCAAGUGCGUGUAAGACGCACGCGUCUGCAGGAUCUCCCCGUAAACGUGCUCUCUGUGUCAGUGAAGCACGAACGUGCUCCUGCUGCUGUGCACGUCUGAGUGUUGGGGUUCAGGUGUUUCAACAUGUGAGACACAGACAGGAGAGCUCUUUUGCAUCGCCCCACUUACGCCGAGAUGAGAUAAACACACAUGCAGUACCACAUCCUGCCACUGAGGGGAGACAUUCUCCACUUUUUGUUCUUAGAAUGUUUUUUUUCCCUGUCCUAAUGAGCUCCAGCUUUGUCUGCAGCAGCUCAUUACCAGUGUCUGUCACUGCAGCAAUGCCAUUCACAGUCAAAUACAUUCUCCAUAAAACAAGGGUUAUUUAAAGUUCUGGAUCUUCAUUCUGUUCUUGCAAAUGGGAAUAAAGAAGCUUCAUUCUUUCAAAAUUAAAAACCCCAGAGUUGUUGUUAGGAGCACUGAGUCAUGAUCUGUCUGAAGAAUGCAUGUCAGAUGUGAGCUAUUUCUCAUUUUUGACCUUUUUGGGGAUAAUUCCUGUUCAGCGGGAGCACAAAACUAUCAAUUUAAAUAUUAAAGACAUUAAUAGCAGCAGUCAUUUAACUCAAACUUUUUCUGUGAUAAAAGUCUGAGAACGUGGGAUAAAGGGAAUCCAGUUUCUGCAAGUACUGCAACACAAAAAAAUAAAUAUUUCAACACAGGGUAGCUGUAGAUCCUUAAAAAAAUCUUAAAUUUGACUAAGAUAAGGUCUUAAAAGGCAAUAAUUUGUCUUAAAUUUUGAAAAUAUGUUUUCUCUUAAACGCAAUGUGACUUCCUGUCUCAAAAAUAAAACAUUUCCAUGAUGUGCUGUGUCAUAAGGCCGUGAAUUGGU